GAAGUUAUGAAUAUAACGUACAUUAAUCUUGAUGGCCAUGUGGAGUUGGAAAAAUAUAGGAUUCUUUAUUUCUUCAUCAUGGUCACAGGUUAUAUUUUGAUUCUGUCCUGCAAUUCUAUCAUUGUUUAUCUGGUUGUGAUUCACAAAAACCUCCAUGAGCCUAUGUACAUUUUUAUUGCUGCCUUGUUAAUCAAUUCUGUUCUUUUUAGUACUUGUAUCUACCCAAAGCUUUUGAUAGAUUUUUUAUCAGAGAAACAGAUUGUGUCUUAUCAGGCUUGUCUCACUCAAACAGCUGCAUUUUACUCUUUGAGUUGUUCAGAAUUCUUGCUUUUAGCAGCCAUGGCUUAUGACAGAUUUGUGUCGAUAUGUAAACCUCUGCAAUAUCAUACGAUCAUGAGAAAAAGAACAGUAAUUAUUUUUCUUGUUCUAGCUUGGCUUGUACCUGCUUGCCACACUGUUGUGCCUGUCAUUGGAAAUGUAAAUACAAAGCUCUGUAGUUUUACUUUAAGUGGUAUUUUUUGCAACAAUAUAGUGAAUUCUCUUUUCUGUGUGGCUUCGAGAGCAUUGUUGAUAUACGGCUUAGUUGUUUUAUUCAACAUUGCUCUUCUUCCAAUGCUUUUCAUACUAUUCACUUACACAAUAAUACUUGUAGUGGCCUGUAGAAGUUGUAGAGAAGUCCGGAAAAAAGCAGCACAGACAUGUUUACCUCACCUUUUGGUUUUAAUUAACUAUUCUUGUUUGAUUACUUAUGACAUGAUUAUUAUUAGACUAGACUCUGAUAUUUCAAAAACUGCACGUUUUGUAAUGACAAUGCAAAUGAUGAUGUGUAAUCCUCUUUUUAAUCCAAUCAUAUAUGGACUCAAAAUGAGAGAAAUUUAUAAACACCUUAGCUGGUUGUUUUGUAAAGUCAUAGUUAAGUAGCUUAUUUUUACCUUUUAUCUUUAACUGUGUGUGU